GAGAGCUCAGCAGGAUGAGCCCAAAUAUCUGUGCCUGCAGUGAAACUGGAUAAACCGCCAGCAGCCAUGAAGUGUCCUGGGCUUUCAGACUUCCAGCGUCUCAUGAUAAGCCUGGAGAAUAGCCUACAGUUAGAAGACACCAAGUGGAAGGUGCCUGCGUUUGAAGGCAGUACACUCAAGGGCACAGAUAUCUCUCUGACACAUUAUGAGCAGGCAAUCCUGUGGAUAGAUGAAGUGACGUUGCGUUUUCGGUUUUAUCCCGAAACAUUUGGUCUGGCAGUCAGUAUUCUUAACCGCAUUUUGGCAUCAGUAAAGGUCCAGGUGAAGUACUUACGUUGCAUUACUGUUACAUGCUUGUUCCUUGCCGCAAAAACCAAUGAAGAAGAUGAGAUAAUACCUUCAGUCAAGAGACUGGCAGUGCAGAGUGGCUGCAUGUGUUCCCCAGCAGAAAUUCUGAGAAUGGAAAGGAUCGUGCUGGACAAGCUGCAGUGGGACCUUUGCACUGCCACACCUGUGGACUUUCUGAACACGUUCCAUGCCAUGUUGAUGUCCAACUUGCCUCACCUCUUCCACGAUUGUCUUCGGAUGAAUCCGUCCAGCCACUUGGCACUGUUGACUAGACAGCUGCAGCAGUGCAUGGCAUGUCACCAGUUAGUACAGUUCAGGGGCUCCACACUGGCCCUGGUAAUUAUUACCUUGGAGUUGGAGAAGCUGACUGCUGAUUGGUUCCCUGCCAUUACUGAGCUGCUGAAGAAAGCAAAGGUUGACAGUGCCAAGUUUAUUCUUUGUAAAGAACUGGUUGACCAACACCUUGGAAUGCUAUCUCCUUCCAACCAUGUCUAUGUUUUCAUUCCUGCAAAAAGAAACCCUCAGGCCUAUCACAAACAGAAAUCCUCUGCCUGUUCUCCCCAGCCAAUAAGCAGGAACAUGAAUCCGCCCAUUCCAGGAGUUCUUAUCUCCGCCAAGAAACAAACAGAAGAAGAAAUCAUGGAGACUGAGUUUUAUGAUGGUUUCCGAUAUCUGUAUAACGAAGAAAGUGUCUCGGAGGAUAGAAUCAUAAAGGAGAUGAUCUCUGGCAAGGCGCAGCUACAAGAAGCCAGAUGCCCAUGCCCCCUCUUGCAGUCUCCUGGGCAAGAUCAGUAAAUGCUAAGCUAGGCUCUCUGUCCAAAACAUGGAAGGCCAAUGGAAAUAAAUGAUAUAAGAGCCUUAUAUUUCCUUUAUGCUGUCUUCCUGUAAUCUUGCCAAAUCCAAGUCUCUUUGCCAAAUGUGAGAGUCCUCUGGUUAUAAUGCUACGUGUACAUCAAUACUGUGCGCUUCUGUACGUACAUACUUCAGCCAUGUUAUGAGGUGAUGCACAAAGGUUUAUUUUACAGUUACUAAUAUCCUUUCUUAAUUAGUAUCGUAUGACCUGACUUAUCAUGCGUGUGACAAUUACAGCCUGUAGGACACUUAUUGACAUUGCCAUGUUUCACAGUAAAACUAGAAAUUGACCCUCUGGGACUGCCAUUCAUUUGUACAGAGGAAUUAAUAGAUGUAUGAUGCAGGGAAAGUUUAGUUAUUGCUUUCAGGUAGAGCAUUUGGGGAAAUUAAAAGAAUGCCCGUCCCAUUGAUGCAAGUUGGGCAAAGCUAUGAUGCCAUCUUGUAAGAGAUGGCAUAUCUUUUUUUUUUUUUUUUUUUAAAUACAUGUUUCCCACCUUUGUAUCUGUCAGUUUUGAAGUCCCCAAGGGUCAAAUUCUUGUUUAGUGGUUGUUGGUUUUUUUUGUAUUUUUUUAGGGACCUAAAGUUAAUAUGCCAUGCAGCAGUGUCAUAAUGUGUGUGAAGAUGGAGGAAGAAUUGUAGUUCAGCUCCUGCAAGGCAGGAAUUUGCAUACAUUCUCUUUCAUAAAAGAGACAUUUUUGUAAAAUCUGUCUAUACAUGCUCAGAUUUGAUCAGCUAGUUUGGCCUAUUUCAUACUACCCUAUUGUUUGGCAUAUCACCUUGGUCCGUUUCCUCAUGCCAUCCUGUAAUCCUAUUGGAUAACCGUAGAUCUUUCCAAAAAGUGAAAAGUUUUAUCUGUCCUUCAUGUUGGAAGGUACAUAAUGCAUCAACAGAUCCACUAGUUUGGGCUUGAUGCAACAAAGCAGUAAAAUGAGGGCAGCCUCUUCACAAUAUUUGUUUAUUUGAACUGCUGGCCAACUAGUUGGACACCUUUAAUGUCAGAUUUAUGGCCACUUUUGGCGCUGAUAAGAUUCUUAUUUUGUAAAAGGACCAAAUUGCUUUGUAACUGCAUACCCAAUGUGCAGCUUCUGUAUGGUUCUUUUAAAUACAAGAAAUGCCUGGCUAAUAGUUCUGUUUUAAUUUUUAAAAAUGUAUGUAUUAUGGUUGAUUUGUUUUAUUGAUAUAUUAAUGUGCAAGCCAGUGUUUAGCAAUUUCAAUGUUUGGGUUUGGGGUGAAGUGGUUACCCUAAUUUUGUGUUUUUAUCAUUCUUUACUGUGUGCCAUAGUGGAUUAUUUCGGCAGCACAGUAUACUCCUAUUAAUGCCACACACCAUAGAAACUGGAGCAUCAGUGCAGUCAGUUCUUCGUUCCGGGAUCCCUUGGAUCUUGCCCGGUGGGGGGGGGGGGGGGGUUGUAGGGUUAGAACACCCAAUGUGCUAGUGGCAAAGGCGUUUUGGCCUGCUGAAACAAAACCAGUGUAAAGGGCAAUAAAGAUCAAUACUUGCAUAUUAUUAAAUGUUUAAGCUUCUAUUUUUAUUAAGCUUACUUUAAAGUACUGAUAUAAUGCAAAACCGUAUAGAAGAUGGAUUGAGAGCCUUCUGCUUAAUUUACGUUAGUGUUUGCCUAGUUGUUCCUGCUGUGAGAUAUUCUCCAAGACUGGGUUUUAGCCUGGUGGUUAAAAAUGUUCCUGUAUGUAAUAUUUAACCUUCUAUAGGGAAUGCACAAUAGUGAAUGUCAGCUGAGAUUCUCUGGUGUUUGCCAAGCACUAUGGGCUGCCAAGUCUGGUGAUUAGUCAAUAGCCAGAGCCCUCUCCUGGUGAGUGUAUGUUACCCUUUACCAGCUGUAGGUUUUAAAAAAAGCACAGGUGUAGAUACCUGUUUUAAAGCAUAUAGUUGGUUGCUAUGGGUUACUGCACCUGGGCAAACUUUGUGCCUUUUUUUUUUUUACAUAGGGAAAGACAUUUCUGCUCUUUAAGGUCAUUUUCUCAUCUAACAUCUAACAACUGUAGCAAUAUUUGAUUAUUCUUAAGAAGCAAAGCCGUCUGCGCUGAUGUCUUCCAUUGAUUUUGUAUAGUACCCUGUUACAUGCUACUCAAUAACAGCUUGCUUCUUUAUUAUGUAACAGACUAUUGCACAUAAUAUUAACUGUAAUAUUAAACCAUUCGCAGAGUAUAUAAUGUCUGCUUAAGCUAUAGGCAUCGAAUUCCAGGAAAUUAUAUUUGCCCAAAUACUUCAGUUGGCCAGGUCUUAAAGAUCACACGAUUUUGUGUUCACGUCCAUGUUUUGCCAAAAGUGCUAAUAUUUGGGUAAUUCCUGGAUUCGGCAUAUUCCUAUUAUAAUAGAAAUGCAAUAUCACUGUACACAGAAUUUGGGGAAGAUUCAGAUAAAUUACAUUUUGUUGAGGCAGCUUCUAGAAAAUUGUAUCAUAGGUACUGAAUUUUCUUUAAAUGUGAAAUUGGCAGCUAUAGCAGGGAUGUCCAUUGGCUGACAAGGAAUGCUGGGAGAUGGAGAUCAGAAAGCCGGAGGACACCACAUUGGAUUUCCUUGGGUUAAAAUGUCCUUAUAGCUGCCAGCUACAAACUGUGAUCUCUUGUGUUGGGAUUAGUGAAUUUUUCUCCUGUUGUCAGUGCAGCGUGGACCCAAAAUGGUUUUGGGCAUCUUUAGUGAAGAUUGUGAACUUCCAAAUCUCCUACUAUGUGUCCACAUGUUGUAAAUACUUCUUUAUUUAUUUCCCGGAUAAUUACAGUGAGAAAUAAAGCACUUUUUCUUUAUCACAAACUGUGAGUUUCCUGCUAACUCAGUAAACGCAGGUGCUAAUGUGCUACUUCUGGUUUAAUGGAGUGCUGUAUUUUGUUUGUUUGUGGUUUGUUUGUUUUUUUUUUUUUAAUUCAAAUAAAUGAGGUUUUUUUUUCUUAACUUUA